ACUGACACUAGUGGGUUUAUACCGAGUCCCAUCGUUUGCCUUACAACUCAACUGCCAUCUUGUUUUACAGCGCUAUGUUUUCCUCCUUUCUCUGUCAAUACUUUUUAUUCAUCACCUUUAAUGCUUUUCUUUCACAAUUCCCUUAUUAUUUCCCUCUGGUCAGAGUAACACAUCAUGUUUUCAGUCUGUAAGACAUCGUUGAUCAGAGCACGUCUCCCGCCGCUUCUUGGUGCUAGAAUCAAUAGGUUACCUCAAGGUCUGAUAGGCGAUCGCCUCCUUAGUACCAAAAACAAGGUACACAAGGAGUAUCAAUCAACAAUCGGCAAGCAUCGAAAUACUGCCCUGUCUACUGAACGUAGGCCUUCGAGCAUUGCUCAGCACGUGCUGACUUCACUGGAUCAGGUCGUAAGUUGGGCUCGAAAUGGAUCACUUUGGCCUUUGAGCUUCGGACUAGCCUGUUGCGCUCUCGAAAUGAUGCACGUUUCCAUGCCUAGGUAUGAUCAAGAUCGCCUGGGAAUUAUCUUCCGAGCCUCCCCCCGCCAAGCCGACGUGAUGAUUGUGGCUGGGACAGUAACGAACAAAAUGGGCCCUGCCUUACGACAAUGCUACGAUCAGAUGCCGGAACCGAGAUGGGUCAUCAGCAUGGGCAGUUGUGCCAAUGGGGGCGGAUACUAUCACUAUAGCUAUAGUGUUGUUCGAGGCGUUGACCGAAUUGUUCCUGUUGAUGUUUACAUUCCGGGAUGCCCGCCUACCGCCGAAGCCACUCUUUACGGUAUCUUCCAACUGCAGAGAAAGAUACGCCGGACGAAGGUUACAAGGAUGUGGUACAGGAAGUAGUUUUUUGAAAGUAUGGUGAAGAACAUAUUCUCACGAAAAGAGAUAUACCAAAUAGCUGAUUGCAUG